AUGUCUCAGCUAGAGAGCUGUCCCUAUGAGUCUUGUCAUGUUUCUGGCACUCUUCAGAGAGUUCUCGGUCAUACUCGUCACGCUCAUGACCCAAAUCUUCUACCAGGCGACUUCAUCUCUCGUCAUAGCUUACAGCGUUGCCCCCACUGCUCCAAAUGGUUUCUAAAGCUUGGGCAACACAUGUCUCAAUGUAGGAAGCGGCAGAGUUUUCCCGUAAGUGGCCAACGGUCAUCCGCACCAGCAGACACAAGUGCGCCAUCACCACCGUCACCUUCGUUGAGGAAUGCAUCCUCCACAGUCGUGCCAACUAUGGUAUCUGAGUCUCAAGAUCUUUCUCAACCUACGAGUAGUAUCAGUGCACUCAACCCGGAAUCAACCGCUUGGCGUUUCAUUCGGGACCUCCCAGUGCAGUCAAUCUUAGAAGCUACGCCCCCUCGCGUUGUCCAAACGAUCAAUUCCUCCGUCAAGGCUCGUUUCCAGGACUGUUGUGCUAUUGCCCUAAAGAAAAUCCAAGAUAACCCAGAUGACGUUUCGGCAUGGAAGCUUCUCUUUCUCAUCCCUCGCAUGCUUCUCCGACCUAUGGUGAGAGGUGGCAAGAACGGCCUUCGAGAUGUAAAGUUAGCGUAUGAGAAAUUUUUGAGCUGGCAAUGGGAGGACCUUGUCAAACUGCAAGGCUUGCCGACCAAACGAGCUUCGUAUGGAAGUGAGGAAGCCAGGAUAGCAGCGGCACUAAGAUUAGUGAGAUGUGGUGAGUUGUCACGUGCGUCUAAGGUCCUCACUAGCACCGGAUUGGCUGAAUCGUCAGCGGAGACAACCGCAAAAUUGGCACUAAAACAUCCAAGGAGGUCAACAACAAUAAUAAGGGAGGCUACACCUCACCAUGAGUCCAUCAAUUUAACUAGAUCUAUUCUCUUUGAUGUUAUCAGACGAUCACCGCGUGGAUCUGGAACAGGCCCGUCAGGUUGGCGCUUUGAGCAUUUGAAAGUGCUAAUUGAAAAUGAUUUCACUGCUGAUUGCCUCUUCUCUGCCUGCACUGCCAUCGCUCUUGGGAUACUUCCUGAAAUAGCUACCAAGCUGUUGUCUUCUUCCCGGUUAAUUGCUAUCCCUAAGCCAAAUGGCGAUGUGAGACCCAUUGCUAUCGGAGAAUGCAUUCGCCGAGUAACCUCGAGAGCCAUCUGUGUGCAAAUGAAAAACAGUUUUGCCAGCUUCUUCUGCCCUAUCCAGCAUGGAGUUUCCACAGAGAAUGGUUCAGAGUUAAUUAUUCACCAUAUUGAGCUGAUGCUGGAACACAACCCUGAAUGGAUUGUACUGAAGUCCGAUGUAAAGAAUGCAUUCAACUCUAUCAAUAGACAUCACCUGCUCAACGAGCUACGCCAGUCCUUCCCUGAGCUAUACAAUUACGCAUCACAGAUGUAUGGUGGAUUCAACUCACUAGUCUUCAUGGAGGGUGGUACAGCAGUCGCUAUAUCAUCGGAAGAAGGCAUCCACCAAGGCGACCCUCUUGGUCCAGCCUUGUUUGCCACAGCAAUUCAUCCAAUUCUGAGGGAUCUCCAGGAAAGAUUUCAAGAAAUUCAUAUCCUAGCUUACCUUGACGACGUGUUUCUAUUGGGUCAUCCGGACAAAACCUUGGAAGCUUUCCAGAAUCUAAAGGAUAUGUUCCUUUCUGGCAGUUUAUCCGUCUCAGACUCCAAAUGCGAGAUCUUCAGUCCUUCAGGUACCAUCAAUACCGCUAAUACUUACGUUCAAGUAACAUCUGAGGGCUCAAUGUUCCUCGGAACUCCCAUCGGUUCUACUGCUUUUGUUGAGUCUUCUUGCUCUCAGAUCGUUCAGUCAGGGUCUUCUUUGUGUGACUAUCUUCCAAAAUUAAAUGACCCUCAAAGUGCUCUCCUGCUCCUUCGUCAUUGUCACGUGCCGAAGCUAGACCAUCUGGCCCGGACUGUACAUCCGAAUAAUAUUAGGAAAGCUGCUUCUAUCCACGACUCUAUGACGCGCGCAACAUUUUCACAAGUACUAGGCUUCCCCGAGUUGGUUCUUCCAUGGGAGCAAAUAUCACUGCCAGUACGUCUGGGUGGAUUUGGUAUGUCAUCCCUGUCGUCCACCUUCAAACUCGGUUACGUGGCUUCAUGGAUACACUCACUUGCUGAGCUCCCACUUCGUUUUCCUGCUGUAAUACCCAUGGUUGACAACGUGGUUGACCAUCAAUUUGGUUCAGUUGGUGAUGCUCUUGCCAAGUCCAUACCUCCUGACAAGCUUCUGUCUGACUAUCUGGCAAAUCCUAAGAAACUUCAAAGCAGACUUUCAAAUCAGUUCUUUGCAAACCAACUACAACUUUCAUUAAAUAACUCUGCUACGGCUAGAGAUGCCUCUAGGUUAUAUUCCCUACAGGGAAAAGGAGCUGGAGCGUGGCUAAAUGCAAUCCCUGCAACACAAGGUUUCGCAUUCAAACCCUGCGAUUUUCGCUUGGCGUCGCUUGUGAGGCUUGGAUUGCCCAUCUCUCUGUCACAUUGGUCAGAGGCAUGCAACUGCAGUGCACCACUGGAUGACAGCGGAUACCACCUACUCACAUGCAAGACCGGUGGAGGCCCUAUUUGGUCUCACGAAUCAAUUGCUGGGGUGUGGUCUGAGUGCCUCAGGAGCCUCCAAAUCCACCAUCGACGGGAGCCAAGGAACAGAUAUGUCACUUCAGAUUGCAGGCCUGACAUUGUCAUGUUCGAUUCUGAAUCAGCUUCCAACCUCGACCUGGACAUCUCUCUAGCCCACCCUUGGAGUGCGGAUGCAUUUCCAAGCUCUGCUGAUAGAACAGGCGUCGCUGCUAAACAACGAGAGAAUAGGAAGGCAACAAAAUACAGCCAACAAAAGCUCCCUGGGACUUCAGUUCUCAAAGCCAUCCCCUUGGUAUUCGAACAUUUCGGUGCAUGGGGAGAAGAGGCCAGGAACUUCUUGCGAAAGCUAGCAGCUUUCUCAUCAGACGAAGUUGGUCAGCCAAACGCACCGGAAUUUGUGGACUUCUGGCGUAAACGAUUUUCAGUGCAGCUGCAAAAGUGCAACGCACGGGUCAUUCAGAAGAAAUUGAAUGUGUUGUGUGGUGGGUGUCAGAUUCCCGAGUCACUCAGCACUCAAUUCUUUUAUCAUUAGUGUACUUUUAGUUGUCUCUUUUGCCUCAGAAAAUAUGUAUACACUUACCUAUGAACACUAUAAAGCAUUUAGCUUUAGUCGAGUAGUUUCUGCUGUGAUGUAUGAUAGUGUGAUUGUAAGAAAUAAAUGAUUCUUGACAGACAG